AUGUACACUGUUAGGGGGCAUACUAAAGUGGCUCGACGUAGAUUGAUUUGUAAUAACUUGGGAGCUCCUAAAUGGCUAUUUAUAGGCUUUCUCGCAGCAGAUAAGAGACUCUACACUAGAGACUGGUUGAUUCAAUGGAAGAUGCAAGUUGACCCCAUAUGUCCCUUGUGUGAACAAGUACCCGAAACUAUUAAUCACUUGUUCUUCAAGUGUAAGGUUUCAGCAGAGGUCUGGGGGAGGAUAUUAUGGUGGCAAGGAUUACUGCGGCAACCGGAGGAGUGGCAAAGGGAACUAAUAUGGUGCACCUCCAAGCACAAUAGUAAGAAUAGCACUGAUCUUCUCUAUAGAACUACCCUGGUAGCUGCUAAUUAUUACGUAUGGAGGGAAAGGAACCAGGUAGUUUUUCAGCACAAGAGGAGUUGUGGGGAUGCUAUAGUGAGGUUGAUCAUCCAAGCCAUAUUCACCAGGACAACACCCACAAGCAAAAUGCAGGGAAAGCUAGCAAAAUUAAAUUGGUAA